AUGGCUGCACGCGGAUUUACUGCAGCGCGUCCCGGCAUUUCCGACCGCACCCGCGCCAUCGGCUGCCGCUGCCGCUGCAGCCGGCCCCGGUUCUUCCACCAUGCGUCCCUCCGCAUCCCCAGUGGCCAUCGCCUCUGCACGCACCGGCGCUCUCCGCUCCUCUCUCCAACACCUUGCUGUCAGUUCGCCAUACCACUCCCCACGCCACCUUCCCUUUCUUUCUGCCCUACCACUCUCCACUCCCCUUCCUUGUCAUCAUUUCUUGACUCCAUGGAUCGCCUGCGAGUGCCACUAGAGUCAGAGCGGUCGGACGUGGUGCGUGCACACGCCCUCGCAGCCUCCACAGCAGGCAGUGGUGGGAAUGGGAAUGGCAAUGGCAAUGGUUCAGAGGUGAAGGAUCUGGACGCUACCGCCAAGAGGGCACUCAAGGUGCAGCGAUUCAAGCGCGAGCGCGAGCUGAAGGGGCGGCUGGAGGCCAUUCGGCGGCGCAAGGCGGAGCGGCAGCAGCGCGUGCGCAAGGCACGCCCGGGGGCGGGCGCACAGGCAGACGCAGGGGAGGACGCGAGUGCGGACGGUGCUGCUGUGGGGAGUGGCCUGGAGGAUGACGAUGAUGAUGACGAGGUUGAUGAGAGGGAGGCAUGGAUGCUGGCGCUGCGGCUCGCCAUUGUGAAGGCGUUGGAUCUCGUGGACUCACUUGCUCGUGAGCGACAGAUGCUGCAUGAGGCAGCGUCUGCUGAUUACAAAUUCCAGGUCGCUUCCUGCUAUCUCCGUUCGCUCCCCAACCCCUACCUCUCCUCUCCUGCUUCACCCACCCAGUCGGACCGCUCUGGAGCAACUGCCAAUCCCUUUGCACCGGAGGCGCUGGAUGAUCGGCUGCGCAAGAGAGAGGGCUCCCACCGCGCCGCUGCUGCGGCCGCCGCCGCUGCUGCUGCAGGCGGCAGGCAGCUAGUCCCCCCUCAAGCCAUUGCCUGCGCCACUCUCGCCCAAGACGUGAUCGAAGGCCGUGUACCCCGUGAGGAGAUAGCCAACCACCGCCACACCACUCCCAUGGUCUUCGGUCCGAUGAGUCUCAUGAGUGCGGCUGCUAAACGGGGGCCGGGGAGUGGGAGUGUGCUGGGGGGGAUUACGGGGAGUAUGUCUGGUAGCGGCUCUGCUGCUGCUCGAGACCCGCUGGCUUCGCUGCGGGUGUUCCAGCCGAGCCAUAGUGUUGCGAGGAUGAGUAUUGAGGAGGCGGGGGAGAGGGAGAUGGCGAUGAUGGCUGCUUGGAAGGAGCGGACGCGUAAGGAGAUGGAAGAGCAGGGUAUGAUUGUGAGGGAGGAUGAUGGGAAGGGGCAGGGGAAGGGAGAAGACGGGGAGGAUGAGGUGGAUGAGGAGGAGGAGGAGAGGCGGACGGGUGGGAGGUAUUUGGAUGAUGAGGAGGAUGUGGAUAAGGCAAGGAAGUGGGAUGAUUACACUGAUGACCAUCGGCGCGGGCCCGGGGGAGCGGGCAUGAUGAUGGGCAUGGGGGGAGGCAUGGGGGGAGGCAUGGGGGGCGCCAUGGGGUACCCCGGCGGCGGCGGAAUGCCGCGCGGGGGUCCGGGCGGCGGCGGGAUGCACAUGGGCGGAGGACCGCGCGCGCUGCCGGUGGUGAAGCUGCGCGGGCUGCCGUUCAGCUGCGAGGAGGGCGACGUGGCGGAGUUCUUCGCGGGGCUCGACGUCGUCGACGUGCUCUUCCUGCGCCGCGACUCUAAAUUCUCCGGCGAGGCGCUCGUCGUCUUCGGCAACGCCAUCCAGGCUGAGCUCUCGCUGCAGGUCCGCGGGGGAACGCGGGUGACGGGUCUGGUCGUCUUCGGGAACGAUCUCGCUGCAAGGGAGAUUCUCAAUCCGCGCAUCCCUCUCAUCCCCCGCUUCCCGCGCAUCCCGCGCAUCCCGCUUCCCCCGCACAUCCCGCGCAUCCGUCCGUUGCAGCGCAACCGCAUGAGCAUGGGGCGGCGGUACGUGGAGAUCUUCCGGUGCAAGCGCGCCGAUUACUACAACGCCGUCGCCAACGAGGUCGCUCAGGACGGCGGACAGUACAAGGGGCCAGGUGCGCGCAGGGCAGGGGGGCAGGUGCGCGCAGGGCAAGGGGGCAGGUGCGCGCAGGGCAAGGGGGCAGGUGCGCGCAGGGCAAGGGGCCAGAAUCCUCCUGUUUUCUCAUCCACACCCACUUCUCCUCCCUCGCAUCACACACCCUCCCUUCCCUCCCCUCCCCACCUAAUCCACACUAUGCCCUUCUUUCCCCCACUCUCCCGUCCCGCGCUCGUCCCUCCCCCUCCUCGUGCAGAAACUCAAGGGCAUCAAGGGGCGGGGCGCAUGGGGGGGGGAAGGCCGUACCGCGGGUAUGGGGAGGGGGGGGGCGGGGGCAUGGACGGGCAUCCGGCAGUGGAGCACACAGGCGUGCUCAAGCUGCGCGGCAUUCCCUACUCCGCCACUAAACAGGACAUAGUGGCAUUCUUCGACGGCUUCCCUCUGUCCGAGUCCAGUGUGCAUAUAGUAGUGGGGGCGGACGGCCGCAGCACAGGCGAGGCGUUUGCGGAGUUUGCGUCGCCGGGCGAUGCAGCAGCAGCCAUGGGGCGCGACCGGUCGCGCAUGGGCACACGCUACGUGGAGCUCUUUGCAUCGUCAAGGGAGGAGGCUGCACGGGGCGUGGCCAAGGCAAACUGCUGGGAGGGGCUGGGAGGGGCUGAGAGCAGCAGGGUUGACAGCAGGGCACUAAUGCUGCAGUGGCUGGGGGUGCGUGGGCGUGGGCAUGGACACGCGCUACUUGGAGUUUUCUGCGUUGUUGUGCGAGGAGGUGGCACGGCGGGCACGGCCAAGGCCACGGGGAGGAGGGGAGGGGUGUCAGGGGGAGGGGUGUCAGGGGGAGGGUCUCAGGAGGAGGGUGUGGCGCAGGCCAAGGGAGUGCCUGUGCAUUGCAGAACCGCAAACGAUUGCUCCCCAUUACCUCUUCCCGCCUCCCCGUUUCCCCUUCCCGCCUCCCCAAUUCCCCUUCCCGACACCCCAUUUCCUCUUCCCGCUCCCCAUUACCCCUUCGCGCCUCCUCGUUUCCCCUUCCCGCUCCCCAUUACCCCUUCCUGCCUCUGCAAUUCCCCUUCCCGCCACCCCAUUUCCUCUUCUCGCUCCCCAUUAUCCCUUCCCGCCUCCUCGUUUCCCCUUCCCGCUCCCCAUUACCCUUUCCCGCCUCCCCAAUUCCCCUUCCCGCUCCCCAUUACCCCUUCCCGCCUCCCCAAUUCCCCUUCCCGCUCCCCAUUACCCCUUCUCGCCUCCCCAAUUCCCCUUCCCGCUCCCCAUUACCCCUUCCCUCCUCCCCGUGACCCCUUCCCGCUUCCCCAUUACCCCUUCCCACUCCCCAUUUCCCCUUCCCGCCUCCCCAAUUCCCCUUCCCGCCUCCCCGCUUCCCCUUCCCACUCCCGAUUAUCCCUUCUCGCCUCCCUUCUCAAACUGCCGAACACACAUCACAGUCGCCGCCCGAUCGCACAGCCUCGCUACCACCCCCUCAUCCCCCCCUUUCUCCCUCUCAUCUCCCCCCCUGCUCCCUGUCAUGUCCCCACCUUCUCUCUCUCAUGUCACCCCCUUCUCCCGCUCAUUCCCCCCCAUUCUCCCUCUCAUUUCUUCCCCUUCCCCCUCUUAUAUCUCCCCCUACUCCCUCUCAUUCCCCCCAUGAAGCCCCUCAUUCCCCCCCUUUCUCCCUCUCAUCCUCCCCCCUGCUCACUGUUAUGUCCCCCCUUCUCUCGCUCAUUUAAAUGCCACAUAACCUCCCUCUCAUUUCCCCGCAUUCCCCCCCCCUUCCCCCUCUCGUUUCCCCCCAUCUCCCUCUCCUUUCCCCACGUGCUCCUUCUCAUUCCCCCCCCCUUCUCCAUCUCGUUUCCCCCCCGCUCAUUUCCCCCCAUCUCCUUUCAUUUUCCCCCCUUCUCCCUCUCAUAUGCUUCUAACCCCUACCCCAUACCCAUCCAUCCCCUGUCAUACCCUUCCAUUCCCUUCCAUACCCUUCCAUACCUUCCAUUCCCUUCCAUACCCUUCCAUUCCCUUCCAUACCCUUCCAUUCCCUUCCAUACCCUUCCAUUCCCUUCCAUACCCUUCCAUACCUACCAUUCCCUUCCAUACCCCAGCCAUACCCUUCCAUACCCUUCCAUUCCCUUCCAUACACUUCCAUUCCCUUCCAUACACUUCCAUUCCCUGCCAUUCCCUUCCAUUCCCUGCAUUCGUGCACAGGCAUAUGACUAG